GGCAUUUUAAUUCACUCGGUUCUGUCAAAGUUUUGUUGUAGCCUACCUAUGGCUAUAAAUAGAUAGACAGUUGUAGACGAGGGAUUAUGGGGGUUGAUUCUUAUAAUCAGUUCGUUACAUCACCAGAUUUCAGUUAAUGAAAGUCUGUCAAAUUUAGACCGCGCGAGAUGCUUUGAUUAAUUAGUUGGGAAAGAUAUAUCCACCAUCCUGUCCUGGGGUUUACCCAAAACGCUCAACAUCUUUCAUUACCGUAGCCAAAACAAACACGUGUCAUUAUUAUGUCCGUUACUCUUCUUUCUUUUAAUUUAUGAUUUAAAUUCCCUAAACCUUGUAGCCACGGUGGCUAAGUUUUUAAAAGUUAAGACGCUGUCAGUGGUGCAGGACAGAGGGCCUGGCAAGGACAGUUGUCUAAUCGUCCGGAUCGGCCGAUGAAAAGCUGAGGUCCCGUGUAUCUAUUGGCGAGCAAGUAAAAGAUCCCUUGGCAGUUUGAAUUCAAUAUAAGAGUAGGUCAUAGUGCCGCAGCCCGGGCAAAAUUUCCCGCAUAGCACACUGUAUACUGUAUGGUGUAUGCUCGUCUUCAUUAGCCCAGUUAGAGCAGAAGGAUGUUAAACCCCAUUUCAUUUCCCUUAACUUUACUCUGCCCCCUCCCCACAAAACCAAACCCGUAAAUAAAUGAAAGAUAGAAUCUGAGUGAUUAUGUUAGACAAGUAUUUCUCUCUGCAUUGACUUCAAUGUUAAAGCCAUGAAGUAGGGUUGGUUUAGAUAAAUUUGCUAUGGUAUAUAGGGCAACGGUUAUGAUCUCGAAGAUAUGAUCAUCAAACACUCUAGGUCACACGUUUCCCAGGACUUGUGCAGCUGACAACUACAUUAACUCCACCCCUUUUUCAAACCCGAAUCCAUCCCCUAAAACAUUUUUUUGAACACUGUGUUGAUUUUACUCUUUAUACUUACAAAAAUCCCAAAAUAAAAAAAAGAAUAUGAUAAAAUGCAGGUUGUUUUGGGUAAUUGAAGUAGUUUUGGGUAAAUCUAUGGACCCCUGCUAUUUCUAAAGGGUUUUUAUUUCAGAGUAUUCCAGAUAGUUAACAAGUGAGAAAUCGAAACAUUAAUACCUUGAGGUGUGGUCUUAUAAAGAACAUUAAAUUACAUAAAACAGGAUGUAUUAAUUAAAUCACAAUAUUUUAGAACAAUUAUUUGUGAAUUAAAACUUUUAAAAACUACAGUAUUUAAAACUGAAAGGUCCACAAAUUAUUAUAGAUAUGACAUAGGUAUUUUGAUGACUAGAAAGGGACUGACUGUUCUAGACAAAAUCAUGGCACAAUCGAAAUAUUUUACACGGGCAUGUUUGAGAAAUGUUUACAAACCAGCGGUGACUCUCAAGGCACCAAAGCUCUUGAAAAGUAAAACAGACAAUAAUUUGACAAAAAGUGAAUCGGCCAUGUUCGAAAAACAAAAUAAUACAUCGAAGCAACCCAACACCGAUUCUAAAAAAGAUAUCAAUAUUUCUUCAAAAAGAAAACAUAUGGAAAUCGAAUAUGAGAGUUCAGACAUUAGGAAAAUAAAAUCAGAACCUUUGGAACCAACAGAUAUUCAAGACUCUGUAUUUCAAGAACAAAGCUUGAAAGGGAAAGUGGAAGCAGACAUUAUUUUGAAACAGGAAUAUGUUGAGGGUGAAGACAGGGCAUUAGACACAGUAUUGGAGGAGAUGGAUCAAAAUGAAGAUGGCAAGAAGUUGAAAUGGCAACCAGUAAAAUGGAGAGAAAUGUUGAAUAAUAUUCGUGAAAUGAGAAAAAAUCGUGAUGCUCCAGUCGAUACGAUGGGUUGUGAUGUGAUUAGUGAUCAUAAGGCAGAACCAAAGGAGUUCCGUUACCAAGUUUUGCUUUCAUUAAUGUUAUCAAGUCAAACCCGAGAUCAAGUGACGUCUGCAGCAAUGGCUAGACUACGACAACAUGGCUGUAACGUAGAAAAUAUUCUUAAAACAUCCGACGAAAAACUGGGAGAACUGAUUUACCCAGUUGGAUUUUGGAAGAAAAAGAUUGUUUUUAUCAAAAAGACUUCUGAGAUUUUAAAAGAGAAAUACAAAGGUGAUAUUCCUGAUUCUGUGAAGCUUCUGUGUGAAUUACCUGGUGUUGGACCAAAAAUGGCACAUUUGGUGAUGAACUGUGCAUGGAAUACCUUAACUGGUAUUGGUGUAGAUACGCACGUUCAUAGGAUAUCCAAUCGUAUUCAGUGGGUUCGAAAACCGACCAAUCAACCAGAAGAUACUAGAAAGGCCUUAGAAGAUUGGUUACCAAGGGAGAAUUGGCAGGAAGUGAAUCAUUUGUUGGUUGGAUUUGGUCAGAUGAUCUGUUUACCAGUUACUCCAAGAUGUGCCGAGUGUUUGAAUCAGUUCAUUUGUCCGAACGCUUUUAAAAAAUCUCCCAAAAAAUCAACUAAAAAUGUGAAAAUCAAGAAAGAAGAAUCUCCUGACGGAACUAUUAAAAAGGAACCUAGUAACCAGACCUAAAUUAAUAAAGUGCUUAGAAUCUUCAAA